AUUCUUGCAUUCCUGGACACCAAUCAAAAGAGCAAAUCAAGGGAGGUGGAAGGGGGAAAGGCGGCGAGCGAGGCAGCCGGAGUGUGGUGCGAACCGUGCACACACUCGCACACCAAAAACCCACCCGACCCGCACAGCUUGGGGUUUUUCCACCUAACACCCAAGCGAUCACCAACCCAAACAAAUAGAGAGAGGAAAAGCGAAAAAAAAAAAAAGAAUCCCCCAAAAAACCCAAACAAACAAACUGAAAAGCAACCCAAAACUGAAAACCAAAAAAAAAAAAACCAAAAAAAAAAAAAACAAAACCAAACCCAAAACCAAACCCCGAGCGAACGCAAGUGAGCAAGCGAGCCAGGGCAGAGGCGAGCAGGCGGGCUCGGCCGGCUGCUCGGGACACGGAGCAAGAGCCAAGCCCCCAUUUCGGGCUCCUUUCGCCCCCCCUCUGCGCCUUCUGCCCCCCAACCCCACCCUGCACCCCGACUAUGCUAAAUGUUGCUGGGGAGCUCUCAGGAGACUCUUGGGGGAUCUUCACCUUCCUCUGCGCCGCACUCUGCAACCUGCCGGCGCUGCCGGCCCUGAACUGCACCGAGGAGCUGGGCGCCGGCCAGUCCAUCCAAAAAACCUACGACCUGACCCGCUACCUGGAGCACCAGCUCCGCACCCUCGCCGGCACCUACCUGAACUACCUGGGCCCCCCCUUCAACGAACCCGACUUCAACCCCCCGCGCCUGGCACGCGCCGAGCGGGUCCCCAGCGCCACGGUGGAUUUGGAUUUGUGGCGGGGGUUGACCGAUAACGCCCGGUUGGCCGCCAACUACCGGGCUUACAGCCGGCUGCUCUGCUACCUGCGGGCGCUGGACGGGCAAACGGGCACGGCCGAGCUGCGGCACCGUUUGGGCCAUUUCUGCUCCAGCCUCCAAGGCUUGGUGCUCAGCAUCGCCGGCGUCAUGUCGUCUUUGGGUUACCCGUUACCCGCCGGACCCUCCGCCCCUCCCGGCGCCGCCGUCGCCCCCAAUGAUUUCCUCAAGAAAAUGGAUGAUUUCUGGUUGCUGAAGGAGCUGCAGACCUGGCUGUGGCGCUCGGCCAAGGACUUCAACCGCCUCAAGAAGAAGGUGCCGCCCGCUGUGGUCACGCUGCGUCGGAGGCGAGGGGUUUCUGAGAUUCUGCCCCCCACCAUCACCACCCCCCCCCCCAAAAAAAAACAGCACCCGCCCCGCCUCGCCAGGGUGGGGCUCCUCGCCCCGAUGGGCCACCUGCACGUCCCCACCGCCACCUCGCUGUGCCUUGCGGGAUGGGGGGUUCCUGACCCCAAAGUGCCACCAAAAGCCACCCCUGUCCCUCUCCAGCACCACUAUGUCUUAAGGGAUAGGACUCCUGACCCCAAAGUGCCACCGAAGCCACCAUUGUCCCCGCUCCAGCUCCAGUGUGCUUUGAGGAAUGGGGGUCUUGACCCCAAAGUGCCACCAAAGCCACCCCACAGCCCCAUCAUCAUCACAGUGCCUUAAGGGACAGGGAUCCUGACCCCCAAGUGCCACCGAAGCCACUCUUGUCUCUUCUCUAGCAGCAGUGUGCUUUGAGAAAUGGGGCUUCUGACCCCAAAGUGCCACCAAAGCCACCCUUGUCCCCUCUCCAUCAUCACAGCGCCUUAAGGGAUAGGACUCCUGACCCCAAAGUGACACCACAGACCCCAUGUCGUGUCCCCCCCACACCAUCACCAAGCUGUGCCUUAAGGGACGGGGCUCCUGACCCCAAGUGCCACCAAAGCCAACUCACAACCCCACCAUCAUCACACGGUCUUAAAGGAUGGGGCCCCUGUCCCCAAAGUGCCACCAAAAGCCACCCAUGUCCCCUCUGCAGCACCGCUGUGCCUUAAGAGAUAGGACUCCUGACCCCAAAGUGCCACCAAAGCCACCCCACGGCCCCGCUGUCCCCACGCUGUGCCUUGACACGGGGCCCCUGUCCCCAAGUGCCACCAAAGCCACCACAUGCCCCCACCUCCGUGCCCUGUCCCCUCGGGCUGUCCCCACACCAUGGGGCUGGGGAGGGCAGCAGGCUCCUCCCCCCGCCCCGCGGCAGCAAUAAGCCCCACCCCCAGGGUGGGUGAACGCCCCGCCCACCCCUGAAAAAGGACCAAUCCCCCCUGAGCAAGCCCCGCCCUGCCCAGCAGCAAGCCCCGCCCGGGAGCAAUAGGCUCCACCCCUCCCGCCCACCAGCCUGUGUAGCAAACCCCGCCUCCUUACACAGGCCCGCUCCGUUACCCAAGCCCCGCCUCUCCCACGGUGCCUAGCAACCCACAGAUCACCACCCCCCCUUGGGGCGGGGCUAGGGGCGGGGCCGCAGGGCUGCUGUCCCGGUGCGUCUAUGCGUGUUUAUUUAUUGGAGAUGUUAUUUAUUGGGGUAUUUAUUGCAGAAGAUCUAUUCUUGUAUAUGAACAAAUAAAAGCCUUUCUCCAGCG